AGCAACAACAACAACAACAACAACAACAACAACAAUGAAAACAACAACAAUAACAACAACAACAACAACAACAAUAACAACGAUGAUGAUGAUGAUGAUGAUGAUGAUACCACCAACACACCAAGCCUCAGUGAAACGACAUUUGCACGACCACCACGACUCCUCUCACUCUCCCUCUCCCUCCCACGACCACUCCCACGACCACGCCCACGAUCACUCCCACGACCACGCCCACGACCACUCCCACGACCACGUCUCCUCGCACGACCUGAGUCACACACUGCAUAUGUUAAUGACGGGCCUGAGUGAGUCGCCACAUCUGUCCGCCAUGUUGGAAGGCUUAGUUGUGGAUGACAAGGAGGAGACGGAGGCGAUGGAGAGCGUGAAGAAGGUGAUGAAGAUGAAGAAGAAGGGAAGCAGGAGGAGAGGAGACGCCCACAUGCAUCAUCACGAGGAGGAAGAAGCAGCAGCAGCAGCAGCAGCAGGAGGAGGAGGAGGAGGUGGAGGAGGACUAGAGGAGGUGGUGGAGGAGGAGACCCAGACGGCGGAGUUUACCUUGGAGCCUCAUCUAGGGCCCGCCAUCUUACCCUUCCAAGUCCCCGACGGUUACUUUGUCCCGUUCCUGCCGCGUCGAGCCUUCGGUGUGGUGAAUGGAGUGUCACGCCCCCCACACGGCCACGGCUCCUUCUACGCCCACCGCCCCCCUGGCCUCGUGGAUGUCCUUAAUUCACCAGCUUAUGGUUUCCUGUUCAGUGGUUAUAGACGAUUCCAGCCUAGCAGUGAUGGUGAUGGUGGUGGUGAUUUGGGUGGUGACUUGGGUGGUGGUGACUUGGGUGGUGGUGAUGGUGGUGGUGCAGGUUUAGGUGUGAGUUUGGGUGGUGAAGGUGAGAUUGAGAUUGGUGAUGGUGGUGGUGUGUUAGCGAGUGAGAGUGAGUUGUUGAGUGCGUGAGUGUAGUGUGUGUGU